AUGACAGAUAUUCCGAAUGCAAGUUAUAUAAAUAACUUUCAAACACUUUUAAGUGUACAAUCAGAUGAACCUGAUUUAAUUAUUUCUUCAAAAUGUGAAGUAAUUUAUGGUAAAGAUGAAAAUGAAUAUGCAUUUCGUGCUGUGACAUCUACAAUGAAAUCAUUUUCUUUCCAAUCAAAUCCGUUAUUAAGAUUAAUCAAUAACUACGCUUUUUAUCAAUGUUCAUCAUUGACAAAUAUUGAUCUUUCUCAAUGCACAAAACUUACUUCGAUUGGUAAAUAUGCAUUUGCAUACUGUUCAUCUGUCACAAACAUUCUCCUUCCAGAAGGACUGACCACAAUCGGAACGUAUUCAAUCAGCUACAUGAAACUGACAUCGAUAAUUAUUCCAUCAACAGUUAAAUCGAUCGGUUCAGCUGGCGUAGGCCGAAUGAAAACUUUAACAACAAUUACGUUUGCAGCAAAUUCCAAAUUAGAGAGGAUUGUUUUUAAUAACUUUAUAUCGGAUGGUUUAACUUCUUUUCAAGUUCCUGAGAGUGUUAGUUACAUGUCAGGAACAGCAUUUAGCGGUGUUCGCACAAUUGAAAGAGUUUCUGUCCAUCCAUCGAAUAAAAACUUUUGGAGUGAUGGGAAAGUCAUAUAUGAUAUGAAAAAUACUACAUUAAUUUACUUCGCCAGUGCAAUAACCGGUUCAUACCAAAUAUUGCCUUCUGUAACUUCAUUAAGCUCAGGAGCAUUUUUCCAAACUUCAUUGUCAUCAAUUGAAAUACCUAAAUCAGUUAAAGCAAUCGGAUCUUACUGUUUUGCUGUUGCAUCAAAUUUGAAACAAAUUGAACUCCCUCCUCAAAUAAAAAUCAUUGAGGAAUUUGCUUUCACAGGGUCAGGAUUAACAUCAAUUGUAAUUCCGGAUAACGUUACUAUUAUUAAGGAUGGUGCAUUUUCUAAUUGUGGAGCAUUGAGAAAUAUCAAACUUCCAAAGAACUUGAACGAAAUAUAG